AUGUCGGAGAAUCUUAAUCACUUAGAAGGCUCUGUUCAAAACCAUGACACAAAAGGACAGAAGAGCACUAGAUUGAGCUGGAAAUCAAGAUGCAGAGAAAUGCAAGGUGCUCGUUGGGGAAAGAAGUCUCAGAACUCAAAUCAAAGAGAAAAUGGGAGGACAAGAUUCGUAGAAGGCACCUUAUUUAACAAGGAAUUUGAAACAUAUUAUAAAGAUCAGAAUAUUUGUAAAGAAGAUGAAUGGGAAACAUUCGAGGAAUACUCAAGAAUCCCACUUCCAGUUUCAUUCAGACUAAAUACAAGUAGUUAUUUGUGGACGCUUACCAGAGAAAAGUUAAAACAAAUGUGUGACACUGAAGAUUUACAUCUAGAACCCUGUGUAGACUAUUGUUUAGAAUACCUUAAAAAUGAAGUAGAUUAUAAUAUAUUCUAUCAAAUGAAAACUAGUAAAUCAUCACUUAGAAAAAAUGAAAAAUUCGCUCAAUUUCACCAGUUCUUAAUGAAUGAAGAUAACAGAGGCUCACUGUGUAGACAGGAAACAGUGAGCAUGCUCCCAGUUUUGUUCCUGGACCCAAGGCCAAAUGAAAACAUUUUGGAUUUCUGUGCAGCUCCAGGAAUGAAAUACUUACAAAUAGUUGACAUGGUCGAGACGAGAUUAAAAUCGCAAAACUUAGAUAGCCUGAAAAACAAAGGGAUAAUAGUUGGAAAUGAUGUUAGUCAAACCAGAGUUUCAACACUAGCACAUCACCUUAAGACCAUAGAUUCACCCUCAACUGCAAUCACAAACUACGAUGCAACAAGGUUCCCAAAUUUGUACAAUAAGAACGGCCAAUUGAUAUUAUUCGACAAAAUAUUGGCAGAUAUGCCAUGCAGCUGUGAUGGAACCAUGAGAAAGUCAAUAGAUAUUUGGACUAGUUGGAAGGCCACAAAUGGAUUACACCUACACAAAGUCCAGCUAACAAUACUAAAAAGAGGAAUAGAGCUUUUGAAACCUGGAGGGAUAUUAAUAUACUCAACAUGUUCCUUAAACCCAUUGGAAAAUGAGGCCAUUGCCAGUUAUUGUGCAUCUCUUGAGGAUGUGGAGUUGAUUGAUCUUGAACCAAUAAAAGGUUUUAAAUCAGAAAAGGGAUUGUUAGACUGGUUGGUUCCUAAUCCAAAUGGGGGGUAUUUUUCUGAUUUCUCACAAGUGGAUGAUAAUAUGAGGGAACGAGUAAAGGAGACAAUGUUCAAAAAUAGUAAAUGGAAUGAGGAAAUGGCCAAAAAAGUAAUGAGAGUGUUACCACACUAUAACAAUACGGGAGGUUUUUUCAUAUUCAAAAUCAGGAAAAUCCCCAAAGAAUUAAAUAACCAUGAACUUGAAACCGGAAUUGUGGUGGAAGAAGAGAAGAAAGAUAGGAAGAAAACGAGAGGUUCAAAGCUAUUACAUGAAUACACAACAUUUGAAGGACCAGAACGAGAUAGAUUAGUGGAAUUUUAUGGAAUUACAGAAAAUUUGAAUUUUCUAGUAAAGGUCACAAGCGAAAAGACAAUACAUCUAGUGUCAGACGACUUCAAGGCUUUCAAAAGGAAUAAAAUAAGUAAACUAGAACCCUGUAAGUACGCAUCUUUUGGAAGCAGAAUAUUUACGAAACUUGAUACAAAAGAGAAUUGGGACUGUGAAUUUAGAGUAACACAAGAAGGAACAAAACUUAUGCAUAAAUAUUUUAGUAAAAGGAAGCUGGUUUCAAAUUUAGUAUUUUUAAAGGAGCUUUUACAAGGAUCUAUGCCAUGUGAAAAGGUAAUAGAACAUGUUAAAGGGGGGAAUUUGAUAACAAUUGGAAGUACAGAUGAUUCAGGGAAUCUAAAAAACGGACCACUCCUAAUAGUUGCAGUGAUGAAUGAUAAAGUGGUUGCCCGAGAGUAUGAAGGCCAAGAAUAUAUAACCAUGGCUGCAGUAGUAACAGGAAAUAAAAUACACCUAUACGUAAAGGAAGAAAUGAUCAACUGUUUAAAAGUACUUUUGUAAAAUACUAUUAAAAAUAUUGAAAUAUGUUACACUGCUAUCUAUCCCGAUUUGUGGAGGUGCUGAAAAGGUCUUUCACGCUUAAACUCGGAAAUGUAUUCUUCAACGUUCUCGAACAUCUUCAUUAAACGGACCUUGUGACCCGGAAGCCAUUCAGCAUUUGAAUAUCUCUCAAUUUCACCCAAAGAUUCCCUGUUCAGAGAUGCUAUAGUGUCCAAGGUGUCAUAACCGGCACGAGUAAAGUGAGAGGCAAUUUCAACUGGUAAUCUAUUAUAUUUGAAAAACUCAACAACUACUAAUCUGCUCUGCUCCAAUUCGGGAUCUAAAAUAAAUAUACACUUUU